GAGCUUUCGCUAGUGGGUCAGACGAGCUACAUGGUCGCGGCAUUUUUUGUCGCCCGUUUAAAAUACUACUUCGGCUGGAGCCUAGCUGAGAUGUUGGGCAUCUGCGCAGGCAACGGCUACACCGGUUUAGACCCGGAAACCCGAACCACUCUUUGGACCAAAGUACACAACUUUGACUUCUUCAAAGUUGAGACUGCGCCUAACCUGAAGAUUCUAAUCGACGCGUGGAACAUUGGGACCGUUCGGUGGUUACGCGAGGUGGUCUACUUCCGCGCUCCACUGCGCUUCCGCACUGUGCUCGUUUUUAUCGUUUCUGCAUUUUGGCACGGCCUCUAUCCCGGCUACUACCUCAUGUUUCCCUCUUUUGCUCUAUUCACAUAUACCUCCCGGUCCUGGCGUCGAAAUAUUCGUCCUCUUGUACUGGAAGCCCAGUCACCAAGACUGCAGUGCUUCUACGACAUUUUCACUCUACUCAUCACACAAUUUACCAUGGAAUACGCACAAGCUCCCUUCCAUCUUCUCAGCUUCAAACCCUCAAUUACUCUUUGGAUGAAGUUUCUCUUUGUGCCGCAUAUCAUUGGCGUGGUAGUGAUUGUCGCUGUAGCAGGGCUGGUUCGGUGCUUGAAGGCAGUUGUGGCAACACGAGUGUGCAGACACCAUCUCUCGACAACGUCUCACCUCUGCGUUGGUGGCGUUGGCGUCGUGAGGCAUUGUGCUGAUGGUGUGGUAAUGCAUGACUGCAACGACUGA